UACACCCAUGUGCUUCCUCUUUGUUUGUUUCUGGAAAAACCCCCAAGAAAUGUACAUUCAGCUGAGGAAAAGAUAGAAUCUUUGCUGUUUUGUAACGUUGAAAUCAAAACGUUGUGUGCCCUUUUUACCCAGUAGCCUAUAAAUACAGAGGGGAGUGUUUUUUUGCAUCACAUUUUAUAUAUAUUGUGUAGUGUUGGCCUGUUGGGUUCAUAAUAUUUUACUAUUUUAUUUUUCCUCCCCCUUUUGUUUGAAGCAGAGAUCUUUCAAUUCAUCCCAAACAGAGCUGAAGAAAUGACUAAAGAUGAGGACUUUAAGCACCUCAAGAUCCAGACAUGUGUGCUCAAAGUGAACAUACAUUGUGAUGGGUGCAAGCAGAAAGUGAAGAAGAUUCUUCAGAGAAUUGAAGGUGUUUAUCAGGUGAGCAUUGAUGAUGAGCAGCAGAAAGUGAGUGUUGCAGGGAGUGUUGAGGCUCCCACACUGAUCAAGAAACUGGUUAGGGCUGGGAAACAUGCUGAGCUAUGGGGUAGCCAAAAGGGUACCCAAAACCAGAAGCAAAAACCAAGCAAUGGGAAUGAUUCCAAGAACAAUAGCAACCAAAACCAAAACAGUGCCCAAAAGCAGCAGCAGAAACUGAUGAAGGAUCUUGAGGCUCUGAAGAGCCAGCAGGGCAACAAGUUCCCAUUUUUGCAAGAAUUGGAGUAUGAGAUGGGGGAGGAUGAGGAAGAGGAAUUCGAGUGUGGCGAGGAGGAGUUUCGGUUUUUGAAUAGUAAAUUUGCCCAGCAGCAACAGCAGUUGGCUUUGCUUAGGCAACAGACAGCUGAGGUUAAUAAUGCUAAGAAUCUUGCAGGUGGUAAUGGGGGUGUGAGAUUGAACAAUGGGAAUUGUGGGAAUAAGAAGAGUGGAAUCUCAAUCCCUAAUCAGAAUGUGGGUAUGAAGGGGAAUAGCCCAGGAGGGAUUGAUGAGAAAACAAUGGCUGCUUUGAGGAUGAAUCUUGGUGGGGAGGGGGGGAAGAUUGGAGGAAAUGACAUAAAUGCCAUGAUGAAUCUUGCUGGCUUCCAUGGCAACAAUGGGGGUAAUAAUGUCAAUCCUACUGUCCUCUUACCACAAGGAAACAAUCCUAAUCCCACUUCAGGAUUUCACCACCAACUACUCCAACCAAACCAAACCAAUCUGAUCCAAGGGCAAAAUGGUAAUUCCCCACUCCAAGGGCAAAAUGGUAAUUUCCCACCUUCCUUAGCCCACCACAACCUGAUGAACAUGAAUGGCUAUCCUCUCCACCACCCUCAAGCAUCUGUGAUGAUGAACAUGCAGAACAGGCAUGCUGCUAUGCAGCAAGCUCAGAUGAUGUACAAUAGGUCUCCUUUCAUCCCCCCCUCCACUGGCUACUAUCACUACAACAACUAUGGUCAAAGUCCAGUCCCCCCAUACCCCACCUAUGUUGACCACCCCUCCACUGCUGACCACUCUGCCACCCACAUGUUCAGUGAUGAGAACCCAAGCAGCUGCUCAGUCAUGUAAUCACAUAUAUACCCUUUUAACUAUGGGAAUUUGUGGAAAAAAAAGAACUAAGUUUGGGAUUAUAUUAGGUUGCUGCUUUAGUUUCUUGGAAUGUUUUGUACCAUUGUGGGAAUGGAAGUGCAUGGUCUUGAAAGAGAGGGGUCUUUUAGUGUGACACUCUCUAUUGUAGUUUAAUGUUUUUUGUGUGUAAUUUCAGUUGCUAACAUAGGAGUGGUAAUUGUUCUCCCCCAACUAUUGGCCUCUGUUUCUAUGACAUUUAAGAUCACAAAUGCUCAUCACUAAGUCAAAAACUAA